UUUCUCUAUCUGCCUUAGAUUUGGAAAUAUUCCUCAAAAACUCAACUGGGAGAUGAGUCGACUUGAACCGUUUUACACGUUGCUACUGAUUUGAACGUCUUUCUAAACUCAACGCAUAAUGUGAAACUUUUUAGAUUGCCUUUUCAAUAAAACUCUCUCGAAUAUUUUGUGUUACAAUGUGUGCCAAAAUACUCGGAAAUUGUUGACAAACUUGUAGGGUCUUUUGUCUUCGUGUUUACUUUUUCGUUAAAAUGUAGCAAAAAUGUUUCGCCUCUAUUAUUUUCUGAGAAAUCAUGGGGUCGACGGGGGCUCUGAUUGGACGAGACGGGCGGCAACCCAAUGGGGGAUUCCUGGGAUUUGAAAUCGAAGAGAAGCAUCGACAUCGAGUUUACUUCAACUUCAGUCGGAUGCUUAUCCCGUGGAGAAUAACAUCGGAGUGCUUCACAUUAUUUUACCAUUCGAUUCUUCUCAACUUUUCAAAAUCCUCGGACCUGUGUGAAACCACAAUUGUCUUCAACAAUCUCAAAUCAUCACGCAACCCCCAUAAAUAGAAAAAAAAUUAAAUCAACGUUAUUGAAAUUGAAAUUUUUUAGUCCUCACAAUCAGUGAAUGUUGAUUUUUUUGUGAAGAUAAUUAAAGUCUUCGGGAGGUCGACGCAACUUUUCAAAAGACGAAAAAGCAAUUUCGAAGUGAAGUUUUUGAAAUUACGAGAAUGAAUAAACGAGUUGUGGAAGAGUCUCUGGACGAAGAAUGUCGAGUGACGGCUCGUCUCCUCGAUCUGAUGAACCAAACGCACUAUGAGCUCAUCCAGGAGAAUGGCCAGCGUCGUCUGACAGCCCCGGAGUUGACAUCAGACCUCAGGAGUACGAUCAAGGGUGGAGAGGUGUUCGUGGGUCGUCUUCCGAGGGAUUGCUAUGAGGACGAGAUAAUGCCGGUGCUCGAUCGUGCCGGGAGACUCCUGGAGCUUCGGCUGAUGCUCGACUUCUCGGGGACGACGAGGGGCUACGCUUUCGCCCUCUUCGAGAACUCGAGGGUUGCUCGGAGGGCCUGCGAGCUGCUGGACGGCCACGAGAUUCGGCCGGGGCACAGGAUCGGCGUUGUGAAGUCCAUCGACAACUGUCGGCUCUUCUUCGGGGGGGUGCCCAAGGACAAGACGAAGGCGGAGUUCGCUGAGGAGCUCGGCAAGUUCCUGGAGGGAAUCUCGGAUAUUUAUCUGUACCCGAAUGCUCAGGAUCGCACGCAGAAUCGGGGCUUCAUCUUUGUGGAGUUCAAGGAUCACAGGUCUGCUGCUAUGGCCAGGCGUCAGCUCAUUCCUGGGAGGGUCACUCUCUGGGAUCACGAGGUCGCUGUUGAUUGGGCUGAUCCGGAACCUGGGGAUCCUGUUGAUGAGGACGUCAUGGAGACGGUAACUGCGCUCUUCGUUCGCAAUCUGCCACUCGAGACUGCCCACCACAAGAUCCGAGACAUUUUCCAGAAAACAACUGGAAUUCCAAUAUUGAAAUUCAAGAAGAUCAAUCACUUCGCUUUCAUUCACUACGAGACUCGUGAAUUGGCUCAGAAGGUUCUUGAGAUCAUGAGUAAACCUGGUGGCAUUGCUGCACAGAACGAGUGGGAAAUUCGCUGGGCGAAGCCAAUCAGCUCAUCAAAAAUCCUCGAGAGACAGCGUUCGAUCCACGAGGCAGUGCAAGCCUCCCUCAAUCAGAAUUUCAAGCCACCAGCCUACGUCCCACCAAAAAGCAGCAGCAAACGAGGAAAAAAGAAGACCAACAAGCAACAGGUGGAGACUCCCCCCUGCGAGAUCAGACACACUUCCCAGGAAGUCGACAACACUUUUCCCACUAUUGAGAGCCCACGAUCUGUUCCCGGAUUGUCUCCACCAGAACUCACAAUUCCAAAUCACAAUUUGCUGGAUUUCAAGAAACUCCUGGAGGAUUUCGUGAGCAGAAACUUUGGGGCACACUGCCAGUUUCGGUGCAUGCAGGUGUACACACCCCCUGGAUAUGUCUGCACGGUUUUGAUUGUUCAUGAGGAGCACAUCCUGUACGAGUUUCAAGGUGAUGUGAUGAUCACCGAAGGCCUGGCGAUUAAUAUAACAGCUCGAAAUGCCUACUAUCGACUCAGCAGUGACUUUGGAGAGUUGCCAGCCUACCCUAUACCCGUUUAUCCACCAACAGCCUAUCAGCCGAGCAGGGCCCAGCCUUGCCACUAGCCUGUGAUUCUCUUAUUCGUACUGCUGAGGUUUUGAUGAUUUUUUAGUCUAAUAUUUUAUACUUGUAAUUUUUUGUACUUUUUUAAGUGGAGGUCGAUUCCAUUCGUUUUGAAGAUUUUAUUGGGCUGGAUGUUGUCAUUCUGCAGAGGCAGAUGAUUUGAUAUAGUGAAUGUUGGAAUGGGAGAGUAGAUGAGAUUAAAUCAUUGUUCAGAGUUUUGGAAGAGGAAGGAAUAUUUUGUAUUGAUUUAGCAAAACCGCAGGGGAUGAAUUCAUAACGAGUUUACAGAAUAUUUUGCAAAUAUCUUGAGAAGAAGGUUGAGAGAAUUUUAAAUAAGGACUAUUGGUUUAGAAUUUUAAAGAGUAGACGAAAGAACUUUUGACACUCCUCUCUGAGACUAAUAGUUGUCAAGAUAUUUGCAUAAUUGUCCAACUGAAAUUUCCAUGGUCAUUUACCACUUCCAUUUAAUUGAUAAGUUUGGGUCUAUUUUAUUCGUUUUGAAGAUUUCAUUGGGUUGGAUGUUAUCAUUCUGCAGAGGCAGAUGAUUUGAUAUAGUGAAUGUUGGAAUGGGAGAGUAGAUGAGGAGAUUAAAUCAUUGUUCGGAGUUUUGGAAGAGGAAGGAAUAUUUUUGUAUUGAUGUAGCAAAACCGUGGACGAUAAAUUCAUAACGAAUUUACAGAAUAUUUUCCAAAUAUUUUGAGAAGAAAAAGGUUGAGAGAAUUUUAAUUAAAGACUAUUUGUUUAGAAUUUUAAUAAUUGUGAAGAUAUUUGCAAAAUUACCCACCUGAAAUUUCUAGAGUAAUCCAACUCUUCCACUUGUUUGCUAAUUUUAUUCGUGUGAUUGUACCAGUGACAAUUUCAGACUGAUUAAUAGGUAAUCACAGUCAUUAGAAUUAUUUCUCCAAUCAUUAACAUUCCUGAAAGAGUCUGAGAAUGCUACUUUAUUAUUUAGAAUGUACUUUAUGCAGUAACUUUAUAGAUCAGUUGGUUUAAAGUCCAAAAUAAGCCAGUAUAAUAGGAUUUUAGAAUAAUAUUCUGUACUGUUCCAACUAAUUUCAAACGAUUCAAUCAUUGUUCAUUUUUUCCAUCGUCUGAAUAUUCAUUAGUAAUUUAGAACAACAAACCUCAUCAACACUAUAUUUAAUUACUUCUUAAGACAUUCAGACAAACUAAUCAUUGUUCAUCGAGGAAAAAGGGUCUGAAGAAGAGAAAAAAAUUAAUAGAAAAAUGCUCAAUCAGUGAAUACUCAAGGCAUAAAAACAAAAUCAGAUUAAAAUUGGCUUCACUAGCGUCACGAGGCACUGAUAAUAAAUAUUUAUACAUGUAAAAUGAAUCAAAAAUACCUCAAACACGCCUGUGAACCUCACAUAUAAUAAGAAAUGUACUGUGGAGUGAAUAAUUACUAUUUUUUACUGAAAAUUCCAUUGGU